GAGGCCAGCACAAAGGCUGGGAGCAGAUCCAGACCACUCCCAGCACGUCCCUCGGAACUCCCGGGGGUGUCCCUGUCGGCGAUCCCCACCCGGGACGGGGCUGGGAACGGGAUGAGCCGCGUUUCUCUCCGGAACAAAUGUUCCCGCCGCGUUUCCCGGCCGGACCGCGGGCGGGGCCUGUUCGCGGCCGGACCAAUGGCGGCGCCCUUGCGGCACUUCCGGCGUGUCCCGGCGAUGUGGCGAUGGCGGCUCCCGGGGCCGCUCCGGCCCGGGGGAGGUCCCGGCGGUGUCGCGGUUCCCCGGGCGGGGCUGAAGAAGUGGACGCUGCCCCCGGAUUACAGCGGGAUCACCAUUCCCGAGAAGCCGAAGCUGAAGUUCAUGGACAAGGUGCCGGCGGUGCCUAAGCUGCAGCGGGAGCCCCGGCGGCUCCGUGACAUCCGCGGCCCGUCCCAGGUGGCCACCGACUUCACGCAGGGGCAGUACGGGAUCCUGGCUUUGGGCGGGGGGUACCUGCACUGGGGCCACUUCGAGAUGAUCCGGCUGAGCAUCGGGCGCAACAUCGACCCCAAAUCCAUGUUCGCCGUGUGGCGCGUGCCCGCCCCCUACAAGCCGGUGACGAGGAAGAGUCUGGGCCACCGGAUGGGGGGCGGGAAGGGCCCCAUCGACCGCUACGUGACGGCGGUGAAGAGCGGCGGGCUGGUGGUGGAGGUGGGCGGGCGCUGCGAGUUCGGGGAGGUGCGGCCCUUCCUCACCCGCGUGGCACAGAAGCUGCCCUUCCCUGCCGUGGCCGUCAGCCGGGAGAGCCUCCAGGAGAUGCGGCGGGAGGAGGAGCGGAGGAGGCUGGACAACCAAAAUCCCUGGACUUUCGAGCGUGUGGUGACCUCCAAUAUGUUGGGGAUGAGGAAGUACCUGAGCCCCUACGACCUGCAGCACAAGGGACGCUACUGGGGCAAGUUUUUCCUGAAGCACAGAGUGUGAGGAGAAGUUGGAUGGGAUUCGUUUUGGGAUUAAACUUUUCCACGAGA